CCGUCGCCCCCCCGCCCAAUCCGGCUGGAUCCUGUUGCGGUGCCGCUGGCGCUGCUGGGAUGGAUGGGGGGUGGGGGGGCGGUUUCCCUGCGCAGCGAGCCUGUCUCGCAGGCAGCCGCUCAGCCGUAAGGCACACAGUGCGCGCAGCAGCCGGGCACCAGCAGCAGUAGCCGCCGCCGCAGCUCCGGGGGUCGCGGCCGGGAGCCGCUGCCUCGCAGCCUCGCCGCCAUGCCGAAGAGAAAGGUGGCGGCGGCGGACGGGGAGGCCCCCGAGGAGCCGAAGAGGCGAUCGGCGCGGCUAUCUUCUAAACCUGCUCCUGCCAAAGCAGAGCCGAAACCAAAAAAGCUGGCGGCCAAGGAUAAAUCUGAGGACAAGAAGGUUCAAACAAAGGGGAAAAAGGGGCCUAAAGGAAAACAGACAGAAGAGACAAACCAAGAACAGACAAAGGACAACUUGCCUGCAGAAAAUGGAGAAGCUAAAACUGAGGAGACCCCAGCAUCUGACGCAGCAGCAGAGAAAGAAGCAAAGGCCGAGUAACAUCUGGUGCCAGGUCUUUAAUUGGUGGUCCUUAUACCUUUCUUCUUGUACAAUUCAGAGGAAUAUUUUUAUCAACUAUUUUGUAAAUGCAAGUUUUUUAGUAGUUCUAGAAAACAUGUUUUUAAAAAGGAGAGAAUCCCAACUCAGUCCAUUUUUUUACAUAUUUAGAUAAGUGUAAAUGCUUUUUUUAAGUGGUAAAGUCAUGUACUGGUUGUCUGUUUUCUAUGAAACCAGAAAUAAAUGGGAUGUUACAUUAAGGAGAGGGCUUUGAAGCCUCAAUUGGGCUUUAUGUUCCAUAGACUGAGAGGGACAGUUUGUCUAUCCUAUUAAAUGAAGCAUAACAUGGAUCAGACUUUGGAAUUCAUAACGGUAUGUUGAGAAUGUCUUAGCAUUUUAGUUACUUAUCUUUAUCUAUGGUUGUACCAUCAGUAGAAUUGCUUAUCUAAUGAAACUGCUCCCUAGUGUUGGAUUUCUCGCUGAGUGAUAUAUGUCUGUGACAAAGUUAUUUUUGGUAGUUGCAGCUUUAUUUUUUCCAACAACUUUGUAGCUGUGAUGAGAAAAAUUGGAAACUCGUAUUAUAUCUUUAAAUACUAAGUAAAAGUUGCUGCUUGGCAGACAUGUUAUGUCAGUAUUCGAGAUACUGGAACUUCAUAUCCAGUUUUAAAGAACAUCUUGCCUACAAAGAUAAAUUGAAGAAUAUGUGAAGUAGUCCUUGGAUUAAAAAAAAUCCCCAACAAAGAGAAUUACGGUUUUUAGAUUUAAAAAACUAUGUGAAUAAAAACAAUUGUGAAACUGUUCAGUGUGUCUGUGAUCACCAAACAAAAGUCAAAUAAAUCUUGAUUAUGAAAGGA